UUUGCUUCCGAGGUCACUGCGAGCGGCAAGUUGGGGCGACCCACGUUGCGGCCGAAGGGACCGGGGCCCGGGUGGUGACGCCGGCGCGCGGGCAGGAGCGGCUCCGCCCUUGGUAGUGAGAGGAUGCAGAGGGCUGUAGAGAGGAGGACUGCGGGGAGAGCCCGUGGGGGGCAGGAGCGGUGAGGAAAUGACCGGAGCACCGUGGUGGAGCGGAGGGGCUGUGAAGGACUCUGAUGAUGGGGGAUCGGCCCCUUACAGGGCGACGGAAGCGUGAAGCGGUCGUGUCGAUGGGCAGAGAUGUGAAGUAGCAAUAUAGAGGGGCCGAGGAGGAUUCCAGGGUGUUUACGAAGUAGAAGUUCGGUUUGGGGUUUUUUGAUUUUGUCUCGAGUCGAGGUAGUUCAGAUUGGCCUUGAACUCACGAUCCUCCUGCCUCGGCCUCCCAAGUGGUGAGAUCAUAGGCGUGCUCCACCUCUUGCCCCGCAGAAAUAGAAGUUUAAGCUCUGUGGAGUGCUAUGUGAAGGGUUUUUAGGGUCUGGCUUAGUAAAGACGCUCAAACCAAACGAGGUGACUUCUGGCUCCACUAGGAAUGUGGGUCCUUCUCCGAGGUGCGUACCCCCUCCGGGCCUUGCUGCCCCUGCGUGGGGAGUGGAUGGGCCGCAGGGGCCUUCCCCGAAGCUUGGUCCCAGGCCCUCCUCGAAGACGAUACAGGAAGGAGGCUCUCCCGGCUUUGGAGGUGUCAGUGUUGCCUGUAACUACAACCGAAAUUCGCCAGUAUCUGCGGACGCGUGGUAUCCCCUUUCAGGAUGGCCACAGCUGCCUUCGAGCCCCCAGCCCCUUUGAGGAGUCCUCACAGGUCAAGGAUCAGACUAGAGCUACCACUUCCUUCAGCCUUUUCAUUGACAAGACCACGGGCCGCUUUCUCUGCAUGACCAGCCUAGCAGAGGGGAGCUGGGAAGACUUCCAGGCCAGUGUGGAGGGGCGAAUGGAUGGGGUGAAACAGGGGGUCUUGCUUAGUGAGGCCCCAGAAACUGAGAACAGUGAGGAGGUCCGGAGGAUUUGGGACCGAGCAGUACCUCUCUGGGAGCUGCCUGACUCAGAGGAGGCCCAACUGGCUCGAGUGAUGUUUGGUCUUACCAAAGUGACAGAUGACACACUGAGGCGCUUCCGCGUGCAGUAUCUGCGGCCUGCUCGAAGCCUGGUCUUCCCUUGGUUCUCUCAGGGCUCAGGAUUACGAGGCCUAAAGCUGCUAGGGGCUGAAGGCCAUGGGGAUGGAGUGCACUACAUGGAGACCACCAUUCCCCGCCCUGGUGCCUACCACAACCUAUUUGGAUUACCACUGAUCAGCCGUCGGGAUGUUGAGGUGGUCUUGACGAGUCGGGAGCUGGACAGCUUGGCCUUGAGCCAGGCCACGGGGCUUCCCACUCUUGCCCUGCCCCGAGGAACCCUCUCUUUACCCCCUGCUUUACUCCCAUACCUCGAACAGUUCCGCCGAAUUAUAUUAUGGCUAGGGGAUGACCUUCGGUCUUGGGAAGCUGCCAAGUUGUUUGCCCGAAAACUGAACCCAAAACGAUGCUCCUUGGUGCGCCCUGGAGACCAACAACCCCGUCCCCUGGAGGCUCUGAACCGAGGUUUAAAUCUCUCUCGUAUUCUCCGUACUGCCCUGCCUGCCUGGCACAAGUCAAUUGUGUCUUUCCGGCAGCUUCGGGAGGAGGUGCUAGGAGAACUGACAGAUGUGGAGCAAGCAGCUGGCAUCCGCUGGAGCCGCUUCCCAGACCUCAAUCGUCUCUUGAAGGGGCAUCGGAAAGGCGAGCUGACAGUCUUUACAGGGCCGACAGGCAGUGGGAAGACAACCUUUAUCAGUGAGUAUGCCCUGGAUUUGUGUACCCAGGGGGUGAACACACUGUGGGGGAGCUUUGAGAUCAGCAAUGUGAGACUGGCCCGGGUUAUGCUGACCCAGUUUGCUGUGGGGCGGCUAGAAGAGCAACUGGAUAAAUACGAUGAGUGGGCCGACCGCUUUGAGGACCUUCCCCUCUAUUUCAUGACUUUCCACGGGCAGCAGAGCAUCAGGUCUGUAAUAGACACGAUGCAACAUGCAGUCUACGUCUAUGACGUCUGUCAUGUGGUCAUUGACAACUUGCAGUUCAUGAUGGGUCAUGAGCAGCUCUCCACAGACAGGAUUGCAGCUCAAGACUACAUCGUUGGGGCCUUUCGGAAGUUUGCAACAGAAAAUAACUGCCAUGUGACACUGGUCAUUCACCCUCGAAAAGAGGAUGAUGACAAGGAACUGCAGACAGCAUCCAUUUUUGGCUCAGCUAAAGCAAGCCAAGAAGCGGACAACAUCCUGAUCCUGCAGGACAGGAAGCUGGUAACUGGGCCAGGGAAGCGGUAUCUGCAGGUGUCCAAGAACCGCUUUGAUGGAGACGUGGGUGUCUUCCCACUUGAGUUCAACAAGAGCUCCCUCACCUUCUCCAUUCCACCAAAGAGCAAGACCCGGCUCAAGAAGAUCAAGGAUGACGGUGGACUAGUGGUCAAGAAGCCCUCUUCUGGCAAAAAGGGGGGUGUGCCCCAGAACUGUGAGACUUGCCCAGGCCAGGACCCCAUUCCCUUGCAGCCAGACACCUCUAAGCCUACAGGGUGAAGCAGUCUGUACAGCAGAUGGCUGAAAUGAGCCUCACGGGACAGGCCAGACCAUGUCUUUUUCUCGGCCCUCUGCUAGGGCUUCUCUGCUAUAAUUCUAAGCUGUGGCUCCUUCUCAGCUUAGGGCAGGGCACCUUAGAAAACUCAGCAGCUAUUUGAGGCCUUACGAUGUGACAGACUUUGUUUAGGGUCCUUUACAUGCAGCACUGAAAUGAUGCAUAAGGUCUCUGUUUCCACAGAACCUGCAUUGUGGUAGAAGAGAUGAGCAGUGAACAAAUAAAACAGUGACAGAGCUAUAAAGAAAACAGAAAUGUGACAGAAUGCUCAUGGGCUACUCCAAGUGGCCUAAAACGAUGUCUCAGCUGAGGGGAUGUGAGCUGGAGCCUUAGGGAACUAGAAGGGCGAGGUCGUGCGGGUGUCUGGAGAAGGAGGUGCAGGCAGAGAAGCCCUAAGCUGGGGGUGAGCUGAGGCCCCUGAGCCCGGAGUGGGACGUUUGACUUCUGCUUAACUCCAGCCAUUAGGCUUUGAGAGCCAAAGGGUGAUGUGAUGGGUGUCGGGCACCUCUGCUGCCCACUACAGAGCUGGGCAUAGGAGGUGGCACCUGCUAGAAUGGGAUCCUGAGUGCUUAGCCCUGUAACGGGGGGUUGCAGAGCCAUGGAAGAGGCUAGAAUCCUGCCCCUGGGUGCUGGUUCCAUUGUGUGCUGCCUCAGAUGGGCAGCUAGAGGUAGGAACUUGAAGAGCCUUUUGUAGUUUUCAUGAAAAAUAAUUUUUCCCAUUACUUUUGUUU